AAUAUUGAGUCUCAGCUAAUAUUGUAUGGGAUCAAUAGAUAGAAUCAAUAAAAAGAAAUCCAGAACCUUUUUUUAGUUUUCUUCUUCGUUUCCUCUAUUCAUACUUGACUGGUUAUCAAGGUAUCGAGAGCCUCGAUCGAUCGCUGUGCCUCUUGACGUGAUUUCUUGUUCGCUUCGCUCGCCAUUCUCAGGUCUCUGAUUCUUUCUCACAAAUCUUGGUUCACUGUUUAUCUUCAAGAAUGGUGAUUGUGUCUCCUUGAAGUGAUUUUUCAGAAUUUGGUGAAAUUGAUUUGGAAUUUGUUGCUUAUUCUUUGAUUUCUCUUGAUUCUUGGUGAUUGAUAUCUGGCACGAAGCCGUACUGAAAUUAAUUUUGUUGAUUUCAUGGCACGAAGCCUUCUUUCUCUGGAAUUUCUGUGAUUUGUUGGCACGAAGCCUUGUGUGAAGCAUUCUAGUUUAGGCACGAAGCCUUGUAGUGAUUUCUUGCAUCGAUUGUGUUUGCUUUUGCCACGUUGUGUUUUGUGUGUGAUUCUUUGACUCUGGUCAUGACGGUGAUUUCGCCCAAAAUUGAGGGUUUGCUAGGGAUGCUUACCAUUCGUUUGAAUAAUGAUAAUUUUGUCAAGUGGUCCUUUCAAUUUCAAUCAGUUUUGCAAGGUUAUGAUCUUUUUGACCAUUUGAUGGCUCCUCAAUUUGUCCACCGAAGUUUGUCAUAGAUACUGAGCUUGGUGUCACUACUGAGGUUACUAAUGCUUAUAAGAGUUGGACUUAGACUGAUAAGGCUCUCUUAAGUCUCUUAAUUGCUACCUUAUCUGAUGAUGCGAUUGAGUAUGGCGUUGGUAGUAAGACCUUUUCUGAGGCUUGGACUCAUUUGCAAGAUAGAUAUGCCACAGUCUCUAGGGCACGUGUUAAUCAUCUUAAAACUGAGUUUCAUACUAUGCACAAAGGUGCUGAUUCUAUUGAAAAGUAUUUGCUUCGGCUUAAGACAGCUCGUGACCAGUUAGUUGCGGUUGGUGAACAUAUUACUUAUGAUGAUGUGGUUAUCACUGCUCUUAAUGGUCUUCCUCAAGACUAUGACAUGAUUCGCAUUGUGUUGCUUGCUCGUGAUUCAACCAUUGGUCUCAAAGAUCUUCGAGCUCAGUUGCUUAAUGCAGAGAGACAAGCUGAAAUUCGUAUGCUUGCUCUUUCUCAUUCUAUGAACACCAUGAUGGCUACGCGUGCUUCUUCUCAGCAUACUUUUGGUGGUUAUAAUUCUGGUGGUGCAAAACAUUUUUCUCAAGGUUCCAGCUCAACUCAGGGUUCUAGCUCAAGACCUCAUAAUGGAUACAAUGGUUCCCAGUUUCGAUCUUCUCCUCAGUCUGACAGAUUCAAGUCACUUGGAUAUCAUGGUUCUCGAUUUUAUUCCGACAAGCAUGGUUCUAACUCUUCUGGUUUCAAGCAACAAUGGGGUCCAUCUUCUGGUUCUAAGCCUCAUGUUAUCCUAGAAUGUCAACUCUGUAGUAAGAGGGGUCAUGCUACUGCCAACUGUUUUUAUCACAAUACUACUGAUUCAAACUCUUCUCCUGUUAUUCAGUGUCAGAUUUGUGGUAAAAAAGGCCACGGUGCUCUUGAUUGCUACCAUCGAGCUAAUUUUGCUUUUCAAGGACAACCACUACCAGCUUCUCUCCAGGCUAUGACUGCUUACGCACAAGGGUUUGAGUCUCAAGACAAUUGGAUUGCUGACACAGGAGCAACUCAUCACAUGACACCAAAUUUAUCCGUGCUUGAGACUGCUCCUCCAUAUGAUCAAGAUGACAAGAUAAUUGUUGGCAAUGGGGAAGGACAAGGCAACAAGGGCAGUUCUUCUCAAAGGAAGGAGUAGCAAAGGCCUUUAUCAUUUUCCUAAAUCUCUACCAUUCACCUCUGUUUCUUGACCCACAGCUUUUCUUGGUCAGAAAAUAAACCACAUCACGUGGCAUCAACGCUUAGGCCACCCUACUAAUGAAGUACUUGUGAAGAUGUUGCACUCUUCUCAAAUAGUAUGUUCUUCCGAUUCUUCAUCUAUUUGCUCAGCUUGCUUAGGUGGUAAAAUGUCUGGGCUUCCUUUUCCUGUAAGUUCUGACAGAGUAGCCCAUCCUUUUCAUAAAUUUCAUAGUGAUAUUUGGGGUCCAUCUCCAGUUGUAUCCAUUGAGGGUUAUAGAUAUUUUGUACUGUUUGUUGAUGACUGUACCAGAUUUAUCUGGAUGUUUCCUCUUAUCAAUAAAUCAACUGUUUACUCUACUUUUGUCAA